ACCAGAACCAGGACAAGGAUCAGAGCUCCAGGAGGCGCAUCCACGCAGGAAAACACAUCUGGAACAGCUGACGGACUGAGCGCAUGUGCGUGGAUGCGGAAUUGGAAAAGGACGCAAAGUAACCCAAAUUACGCACGGCCUCGGCCCGGACUUAGUCCCGGUCCUGGUCUCGGUCCCGGUCCCGUUGGUGCAGGUCCCGGUGCCACCGGGUCUCCCGGGUCCCCAUGGAUCCCCCCGGCCCCCCGGGUCCCCCGGACGCGCGCCCGGGUCCCCCGGAGCGCGUGUUCGGCCUGACCUACGUGGGCUGGAGCGCGCUGGACCGGCGCACCACGCUGCCCAUGCUGCCGUGGCUGGUGGCGGAGAUCCGGCUCCGGUACCACCGGUCCGGGGGCUCCGGCUCGGUCCUGCAGCCCCGCCGGGUGCAGCUGCUGCUCAACCCGCCCUUCGUGCGCUGCGUGCCGGACAACAGCAGCAGCGCGUCCGUGUUCAUCUUCGAGCACAAGGCGACGCUGAUUCAGAGGUUCAUCCACAGCAGCAACAACCUCACCACCUUCGCCUACCUGCUGAGGGGUCCUCCGGAUAAUCCCGAGGCAGAGAUGUCCUGUCACGUCUUCAGGGCCGCCGACGGCACCCAGGUCCCAGAAGUCAUCAGCAGCAUCCGUCAGAUGUCCAAAUCCGCCCUGAAGGAGGAUUCCCGGCCCAAACAGGAAGCAGACGAGGCCUUUUACAACUCACAGAAGUUUGAAGUUCUUUACUGCGGCAAGGUGACGGUGGGUCAUAAGAAAGCCGCCUCCACCCUGAUUGACGACUGCGUGGACAAGUUCCGGCAGCACGAGAUCGAGCGUAAGCGCCUGCGGCUGCUGAACGGGCAGCGGUCGACGGAGAUUCCCCCGACGGAAACCCCCCCCGUGGAGUUCCUGCUGGGGGCCGAGGGAGACCCGCUCUCCGCUGCUCUGCACCGGGGAGACGGCGGCGCCGAGGGCAACGGAGGGGAGGACGGGAACAACGGAGGUCCGGGUCUGUCCAGCAGCGCCAGCCAGAGCAGCCUGCGAGGAGCUUUCCCAGAAUGCAUCCUGGAGGACUCCGGGUUCGAGGAGCCGCAGGAGUUCCGGACGCGCUGCAGCAGCAUGGCAGGAAGUCUGCAGAGGAAGCCCGGCGAGGCCGCCGUGAUGGGACCCACGCGCCGACGCCACUCCAGCGCCCCCAACCACGUCCAGCCGUCGGACUCGGACAAGAACCGCACCAUGCUGUUCCAGGUUGGACGUUUUGAAGUAAACCUCAUCAGUCCGGACAGUAAAACCGUGGUUCUGGAGAGGAACUUCAAAGACAUCUCUUCCUGCUGCCAGGGUGUCAAGCAGAUCGACCACUUCGGCUUCAUCUGCCGGGACCCGUCAGAACCGGGACCCAGUCAGUACGUGUGCUACGUCUUCCAGUGCGCCAGCGAGUCCCUGGUGGAGGAGGUGAUGCUGACUCUCAAGCAGGCCUUCAGCACGGCGGCCGCCCUGCAGAGCAGCCAGACUCAGAUCCAGCUGUGUGAGCUCUGCCCCAUGCACGGCCUGCACAAGCUCUGCGAGAGGAUCGAGGGUCUGUACCCGCCCAGAGCCAAGAUCACCAUCCAGAAACAUCUGUCCCAGCUGAGCGACAACGAGCAGGCCGACAUCUUCGAGAGAGUUCAGAAACUGAAACCCGAGUCGGACCAGGAGGAGAACGAGCUGGUGAUUCUGCAUCUCCGUCAGCUCUGUGAAACCAAGCAGAAGUCCCACCUGCACAUCGGAGAGGCCCCGCAGAGUGCAGGAGGAAGCUCGGCAGCUGGAGACGGCGCGGCCCCGAGCAGCCGCUUCAAGCUGGAUAUUCUCAAGAACAAAGCUCGCUCGUCCCUGACCAGCUCGCUGGAGAACAUCUUCGCACGGGGCGCCAGCCGGAUGCGCGGCCGCUUGGGGAGCAUGGGCAGCAUGAGCAGCUUUGAUAAACAGGAUGAGGAGUCCCCGGGUCACUCCCCCCCCGGCUCCCCGCCGGCCUUCCCCGACGACGACGGCGACUCCGGCCAGCAGUUCCGCCGGCGCGCUCACACCUUCAGCCACCCGCCAGUGAGGAAACGCAUCUCCUUCGAGAACCAGAGCCAGAGCCAGAACCAGAACCAGAGCCAGAACCAGAACCAGGGCAGGCAGGCGGUGCUGAGCAGGCAGAGCUCCGUCAACCCGGAGCUGCUGCAGAGCAGUCCAGUUUCCAGAACGCGCAGCGUUUCGGAGAGCGAGUCCUCCUUCGGCCUCUCCUCCUCCUUCUCUGCCCCCAAUUUCCUGAAAAGCAUUUACCAGGGCUCCCUGGGCUCCCUGGGCUCCCUGACGGACGCUGGGAGCCUCAAGAGCAAUGGCGAGGGCCGGAAGAGGACGCUGUCCGGCUGCAGCAGCGACUCCGUAGGCGGCCCGCCGCCCCGCAGGGUCUCCUGGAGGCAGAAGAUCUUCCUCCGGGUGGCGUCGCCCAUGAACAAGCCCUCGGCCUCCAUGCACGCAGACUCCUCUGAUGCCACGGAGCUCCUUCCGUUGUCUCCCGGCUCUCCGGGCUCCGGCCUGGACCCCCUGAGGAGCCUGCUGUCCCCGUCGCGGGACCAGCCGUCGGGGCGGCGCGUGAGGACGGGAUCGGACUACCGGAGUCUCUGGAGGACGGCCGUCCACCAGCAGAUCCUGCUGCUGCGCAUGGAGAAGGAGAACCAGCGGCUGGAGGCGAGCCGAGACGAGCUGCACAUCCGGCAGAUGAAGCUGAGCUACCAGGAGGUGAGUUCCUGCUCCAGUGAGGCCCAGGCGCUGUGGGAAAAGAAGCUGACGGCGCCGGGCAGAACCACCAACCCCCAGGACCAGGGAGAGAUCUGCCGCGCAGUCUGCCAGGGAGUUCCUAAGAGCCGGCGAGGCGAGGUGUGGCUGCUUCUCUCCCACCAGCGCCGGCUGCAGCACCGGCUCCCCCAGCGCCAUCUCCCCCCUGACACGCCUUACCAGGACCUGCUGAAGCAGCUGACGGCGCAGCAGCACUCUAUCCUGGUGGACCUGGGCCGGACCUUCCCCACCCACCAGUAUUUCUCGGUGCAGCUCGGCGCCGGCCAGCUCUCCCUCUACAACCUGCUGAAGGCCUACUCUCUGAUGGACACGGAGGUGGGCUACUGCCAGGGCAUCAGCUUCGUGGCGGGAGUGCUGCUGCUGCACAUGAGCGAGGACCAGGCCUUCGACAUGCUGAAGUUCCUGAUGUACGACCUCGGCCUCCGGCGGCAGUACCGGCCCGACAUGGUCUCUCUGCAGGUGCAGAUGUACCAGCUGUCCCGGCUGCUGCACGACUACCACCGGCCGCUGUACGGCCACCUGGAGGAGCACGAGAUCUGCCCCAGCCUCUACGCCGCGCCCUGGUUCCUCACGCUGUUCGCCUCGCAGUUCCCGCUGGGCUUCGUGGCCCGGAUCUUCGAUCUGGUGUUCGUCCAGGGCCUCCAGGCCGUGUUCAAGGUGGCCCUGUGCCUGCUCAGCAGCCACGAGGGCCACAUAGUGGAGUGUGACGGCUUUGAGAGCAUCGUGGACUACCUGAAGACCACGCUGCCCACGCUGUCGCAGGAGCAGAUGGAGACGACCAUCGCCAAGGUCCUGGACAUGGACAUCUCCAAGCAGCUGCACGCCUACGAGGUGGAGUACCACGUCCUGCAGGACGAGCUGCUGGACGGGCCGCCGCCCGACGACUCGGACCGGCUGGACAAGCUGGAGAAAACCAACGGACAACUGAAGAAGCAGAACAUGGACCUGCUGGAGAAGCUGCAGGCGGCCCGGCAGAAGAUCCAGACGCUGGAGACGAACGUGGAGAGUUUCCUGUGUCGCGAGAGCAAGAUGAAGCACGUGAUCCGCUCGCUGGAGCAGGAGCGGGCGGCGCACCAGCGCGCCAUCGAGCGCAUGCGCUCCUGCCUGCCGGCCGACGCCCUGACGGACGUGGAGAUGACCCAGAUCAAGACGGGGCCCGACGGGAAGGCCAAGGCCGCCAAGAAGCCCUGAUGGGGGCCC